GAGGCCCAGAGAAGCCACUGCUGGGUGGCAAGACUAUAUGAGUCACCAUUUGAACACAGCCAUUCUCAGCCCCAACUGGGGCUUCUUGCUAUACAUCACUUUUGCUCCCAUUCUUAGGAAGGUAAUUAGAAAAGAGUUACCUAGGUAUAGGGUGGGGCAGUUAAGUUCCAGAUGCAAAGCAACAGAGCUCUUCAGAUGAAGCAAGGUAACAGGUUAAUUAUAUCACAGUUACUCCCUCUAGUGAGAAUCAGCAAGAAGAGUUAACCUAAGAUUUCUGUCCUCUUCAUCCAACAAAAGGAAUGAUCACUAAGGCUCACAAAGGUGAGGUGGGCCUUGGGCUCCCAGAAAAAAAGAAGAAGAAAAAGAAAGUGGUUAAAGAACCAGAGACUCAAUACUCGGUUUUAAACAGUGACAAUUAUUUCACAGAGGUUUGUCCAAGAGUCACACCACCCUUGAAGGAUGUGAUCCAAGAGCAGGCACCCAGAAUGCCUCUUGUGAAGAAAAAGAAGAAAAAGAAGGGUCACAGCACUGUCUGUGAGGAGCACCUUGAACCUGAGAUCCCAUUACGUGUUGGACGGACUGAGCGGUCACACAGCCCCAGGACGCAGGCACCUGGUCUGUCUGAGUCCCUCAGUGCGGAGAGGAAGAAGAGGAAGUCCACGUCCCCCGGCUCAAGGGUGAAGACCUCUCCAGACCCCAGACAGGACGAGGAAGUGACCAGAGCUGGCAAGAAGCUCAAAAAACACAAGAAGGAGAAAAAGGCCAAGGAAGCUACAGCCUUCUCAGGCAUGGAUCCUUGGUUCUUCGAGGCCGGGAAUGCAUUGUAUACUCACUCAGUUGGGAAGGAUGGCGUCCAGGAGCAGGCCGUCUCGGGACAGAAGCGGAAGCAAGGGAGUCCCAGGGAACACAGCGUGAAGAUGAAGAAGAAGAAGAAGAAAAUCCACCGGGAGGGAGAUCCCCCGCUGGGGCACCCUGACUGCUCCUGGUCCCUGGAGAGCAGCCCUACGAAAGGAAGUAAAAAGAAGCCAGUCAGAGUUGAAGCUCCAGAAUACAUCCCCAUAGGAGAUGGCCCCAGGGCCUCUGUGAAGAAGAAAGUGAAGUCCAAGAAAAGGGUGGAGCAGGCGGACCCCGAGGAGUCAGCUCUGAAGAGGAAGAAGAAGAAGAGGCAGGAGAGCAAAGCAGCAGAGCCACCUUGGGAAGAGGAACCCGACACGGACUUGGAGGUGGUGUUAGAGAAGAAGGGCAACAUGGACGAGGCGCACAUAGACCAGGUACGGCCGGUCCUCAUCAUCCACCACCUCCCCCAGCCCCCCAGGAAACAUGCUCGCCUCCUAACAGGCCACAGGAUCCUGGUCCCAGAGGCGUCGGGGGCUCCAUAGGCCCCCGGACCGGCCUCUGCCCCACCUCAGGGGCAGGGAGCCUGUGGCCACCCUCACUUACAGCUGGGAGAGCCCCUCACCACCACGGCCUUGGCUGAGGGGCCAUUGGGUCCUGCAGCAUCCCAGGCUGAGGUUGUCCUGCUCCUAACUGCUGCAGGGGGAGGGGGGACAUGUCCCCCAAACCCGCAGGCUGGGCAGGGGAGACGAGCUCUGCCUG